CUGAUCCAAAGUAAAACCGAGUGACAGAAGAGGAGGAGCGAAGGGGCCGACAGAGGAUAACAUCACGAACACUUUUACUAAUUUCUCGCUACAGACAGGAGGCAGCUUGGCACCAUGGCACUGAAGGGCGUCAGGAGGGCCAACAAGAACCCUCCAAUACUGAGCCACGAGUUUGUGAUCCAGAACCACGCAGAUAUUGUAUCAUGUGUAGCAAUGGUGUUCGUCCUAGGCUUAAUGUUCCAGGCCACAGCACCCCUGGCGUCAGUGUUCAUCGCAGUACAGCACAAUGCCACUGACCCUGAGAUGCUAACGACCCCUGACACCCCAAUGACCUACACUUAUGGGUCAAAGGACACAGCGGCCAUAUUUUUCUACUGCCUGAUCUCGAUUGUCAUGCACGCCAUUAUCCAGGAAUAUAUUUUGGAUAAAGUAAACCGAAAACUUCAUUUAAGCAAAACCAAACACAGCAAAUUUAAUGAGAGUGGACAACUUCUGAUAUUUACUGCUGUGUCUGCUGCGUGGGGGCCUCAUCUCACCCGCAGGGACAACAUUAUUCACGAUAUCAGCAGCCUAUGGGGAGGUUACCCUGAAGGACACGCCCAGAUGUCCUUUAUGUUGAAAUUCUUCUUUUUAAUCCAAAUGUCCUACUGGUUGCACUGCUACCCUGAACUUUACUUCCAGAAGACAAAGAGGGAAGAAAUGCCUGGGAAAAUUCAACACGCAUCUUUGUACCUCAUUUUCUGCGCGGCUGCCUACGUCCUCAACUUCACCCACGUGGCCCUGGUUCUGUUGACGCUGCGGUUCGUCGAGGAGGGGCUGCAUCAUGUCUGCCGUCUGCUGUAUUUUGCCGAGAAGACGCAGGCGGCACACACUGGUUUCCGGGUGUGGAAUGUCGUGUUUGUGUCCUGUCGGCUCAUAUCCAUUAUCAUUUCAAUCCUAACUUUCCACUACGGCCUGGGCAGCGCUGAAAACCAGGUUCUCGAUGCGGCUUCUGGAAAUUUUAACACUCCGUUUAUCAGACUGAACGCGCUGGUGGCAGUGUGUCUGGUGCAGGCGUGGAUGAUGUGGAACUUCAUAUAUUUCCACUUGAGGCAGAUGAGGGAGAGACAAGCGGAACAGAUGGCGCUGCGGAAGAAGCUGGCGGAGAGAAAGACCAGGAAAGGGCGACGAGAUGACUCCAAAAGAAGUUCGGAAGAGGACUUCAGCGAAUUGCCAGAGGUGGACCAGCAAACAAGACGUCGGAAAUAGAGGCAAACAAGAGCAAACAAGGCUGUAAACAAGACCUGCAAACAACUUCUGGUUAAUUUGAAGAGAAAAGAAGUUUAUAAGAUUUGUUUUUUUUUUCAUAUUCAGGGUAAACAAUAAUAUCUUAGGUGUAAACAAGUCCAAUGAUGUAAACAAGAUCUGCAAACAACUUCUGGUUAAUUUGAAGAGAAAAGAAGUUUAUAAGAUUUGUUUUUUUUCAUAUUCAGGGUAAACAAUAACAUCUUAGGUGUAAACAAGUCCAAUGAUGUAAACAAGAUCUGCAAACAACUUCUGGUUAAUUUGAAGAGAAAAGAAGUUUAUAAGAUUUGUUUUUUUUCAUAUUCAAGGUAAACAAUAACAUCUUAGGUGUAAACAAGUCCAAUGAUGUAAACAUGAGCUGUAAACAACUUCUGGUUAAUUUGAAGAGAAAAGAAGUUUGUAAGAUUUGCUUUUUUUCAUAUUUAGGGUAAACAAUAACAUCUUAGGUGUAAACAAGUCCAAACAUUGAUGUAAACAAGAGCUGUAAACAACUUCAGGUUAAUUUGAAGAGAAAAGAAGUUUGGAAGGUUUUUUUUCAGAAUUAUGGUAAACAAUGAAAUGUUAGGUGUAAACAAGUGCAAACAACAACAACGUCCUCAGGUUUUUAUGAGAUUUUUUUGAGGUGAGUGCCAGCAGUUAAUGUAAACACCGCGACGUUAAUUUUAAGAAAGUUUGUCGAUGUUUUAUGAAGGUUAUGAGUAAACUGUAAACAGCCGAUGUAAACAAGGUAAACAAAUGGAAAUUAAUGGGAAAAAAGCACAAACUGAAGGUACAUUGGGAAAAAAAAAUAUUUGUUGAGAUUUUACAAAGAUAAAAAGUUUACUUCAAACAUUUUAUGUAAACAAAAAUGUAAACAAGUGGAAAACAAACAUACCCGAGGUGAACGUGGGUAGAGAUUAAGUCCCUUCAUUGUUUAUAUAAAGAAUUGAGCAAUAGGGGGUGCAAACAACACCAAACACUGAUGUAAACAAAUGUAGUGAGGUGCAAACACACACCACUAGACAGACAUUCAAGAGAAAAGACAAAUUUGAGUUUUGUUUAUAAAGUUUGAGCAAUAGUCCAUGCAAACACCAAACAGUGAUGUAAACAGGUGCAAACAAUCUUUAGAGGCAGAUGAGGGAAAAGAAGCAAUUUUUUUUUGUUUAUAAGGAAAUAACAUUGUACAAACAGCUGAUGUAAACAAUGAAAAGACUAUUGUGUUCAGAAGGUAAUCUCAUUGUAAACAAGGAGGAAAAGGAUAUUUAUAGACAUGCAAACAAGCAAACAAUAGAAUCAGUAUAGGAAAUUGCAAAUAAAUAAAUGGUGUAUAUUUU